CAGCAACGGUGUCUCUCCGCUUGCUCCCUCCCGGCCAAGGCGGAGCGGAUUCGCUGCGGGACGCGGCGGUUUGAUUCCCGGCGGGCAGCGCGGCGCCGGGGAGAUGGAGCUGGCCCCGCUCAUCAGGAAACUCGGUCAUCAACUUGCAGAGAUAAGAGAACGAGCUCUCAAGAAUAUAUUGUGUAAAUUAGAUCAUAAUUUGAUUUCAUAUGCUGAUCUUGUCCAAGAACAGUUGCUUUUUCUCCAUUUGCUGGAAUGGUUCAAUUUUCCUAUAGUACCGAUGAAAGAGGAGAUACUAAAUUUGGUGAACAACUUGUUAAAGCAUCCUUCUGCUGUCCGGCAAUUGGUUGGGAUUGGUGCAGUGGAAUUCUUUUCUCAACUUCGUCAUCAUAUGGAUCCACAUCUGCAGACUGUAAUUGAUGGGAUACUAGAUGGGCUCUUCCUACUUCCUUCAGAAAUUCCUGCCAAUUAUCCAGCAGUGUCUUACCAAGGACAGCCCUUACCAUCAGAAGACAAACCAGUUUUACCCCAAGAAGAAAUAUUCGCUGGAUAUUUUCACCAAGGCAGAAGUAAUUUGCAACAGAUGGAAAUCCCUCCCAAAAGAUCAGUUGUAAAUCAGGCAGUGAAAUGUUUGAAGUUUUCCACAUUUCCUUGGUUAACACUGACCACGACGGAUAGACAUGUUCUUUCAUCAAAUGAAAGCUCUUUGAGAAGUAAUAACCACAGUUUAAUUUGGAGUACAUGUGAGCUUCUACAGGAUGUUAUUAUGCAAGAUUUCCCUGCUGAGAUUUUCCUUCAAAGACCAAAGAUUGUUCAGAGCCUUCUGUCUCUACUAAAGUUGGCUUUUGGAAAAGAUGGAAAACACCGCUUAGCCUUGCAGGCAGUGUCAUGCCUGCAACAGUUGUGUGUCUUCUUAAGAAAUAGGCUUAAUUUUCACAGAGAUCCAGGCUUUUUCUCCACUGACCAAGGUACAGCUUCUCAGAAUUCUUCUAUGUCCUAUGGCCAAGAAGUAAGAGGACCUCACCAUUCCCAGAAUCCAUCACCUGGAAGUAGUAGCCCUCGACCAUCUGUGAUUGGACGUACUGGUCAGCGUCCUAGAGGUGAUGGCCAAGACUGGGAUGCGGCGUCUUCCAGUGGAAGCAGUAUUCAAGCUAGUGCAAACUCCAGAAUAAAUCUACAGUCACCGCUGGAUGUAGGGCACAUUGACUUGCCAGACCUGGAAAGUGAGGAUACUUUAGAGUUACAGUUCCAACAGCUCAGCCUUCCUCAGUUCUGUGUGUUCAUCCUGGAAUAUGCUGUACCUCUUCUAAGAACAGGCAGUAGUAGAGUGACAAUGCAAGUUCUUGAAUUACUUUCUGAAGAUGUGCUUCUUAUUGGUGAUGCAGUAUCUGAAGAUGUUUGGGAGGACCACAGCCUCUUUGGGUUAGAGUUGAAAGAUAAGCUGCUUAUGGUCCUGGGUUCACUUGGAGAAACCAUAUCCUACCACAAAAGUAACAUCAACUCAGAGCAGCCUGAGCUGAUGUUAGUGCACCACAGAAUGGCGUUUAUUAGCAUUUCACUUUUCACCAUGCGACUGUUGCAAACACUUCUCCCUGUAGAAAAGGCCAGCAAAGUGUUACCAGAGAGCUUGGUGACAGCUUUAUUUCUUCUUUCCUUGGACAUGCCAUUCUCCUUGGAAUAUCCAAAUAUUCAUGAGUCGGUGGUAGCCUAUUUGGAGCAGAUGAAUUCUGAGAACUACAGUAUUUAUAAACAAGCUGCAGAGGCUGUUCAUUCAAUUGAGUGCACCUGUAACUUUAUGAUGGAUGUCCAUAAGGAGGGAGAAAAAAAUUUCUUUGAACUAGUGGAAUUGGCAGAUCAGGCCCUAAAUAGUCUUCCUUAUCAUCAGCACUUUCCCAUGCUUCAGGAAAUCAUCCACAUUUGCUUGAAUAUCUGGAAGUCUGCCCAGGCUAACCCAUUGCUGCAGGCGGAGAGUCAGAAGGUGCUUCUCCAUCUGUUGUCCCAUCCUCUGCUGAAUAUAAAAUCUGAAGCUUACCAUUGCUGUCUGGAAAUUGUUAAGGAAUGUUUGGGUAUCCAUAAUGUCAGAACACCUGCAUCUUCAGCUUGUCAUGGGGUUCACUUUCUUCUUCAUCCAAAAGUUUUAUAUGAAAUCUCUGCAUUUGGCCUCCAGGAGUCCAAAAAUGAGGUGAACUCUGCUGCCAAGGCUAUUCUACUGUAUCUCCUGCAGGGGCGAUUGAUGAUGACAGCACUGACCUGGAACAAGUUUAUUGAGGCCCUCUAUCCCAUCAUUCCAAUUUUACAGGGUUAUGCAGACACAGAAGAGACACUGGGUAACUGCAUCCUCAGUCUAAGCGAAACAGCUUCUGACAAAGGAGAAGGGAUUCUCCCUAGAACUACUAGAUUAAGGGCUGCUCUACGACUUCUCUUCUCAAAAAAGCAGUUAGUCCGUUCUGUGGCACUGAAACAUCUAACAUUCCAUCUCAUGAAUGAAGAAGGGGCCAGCCUGAAGCGCCCUCUUUUGCAUGGUAGUGUUUUCUCCAGUGUUCCUACCUUGUUUGUUGUGGAAAGACCUAUUGAGCUGAAGCUGGAUGAUACAAAAGAGUCAAUUUUUAAGGAAGAGACAGUGGAAAAACUAUAUGGUAUUCUUACUUCUGACACCAUUGAUCUAAUUUUGAGAAAGUCUGCAGCAGAGCAGCUAGCUAUAAUUAUGCAAGAUACCAAAAUGCAUGCUGUUGUGAAAAAACUGGGUCUGAUAGAUAAGUUAUUUGUUUACUUUACUGAAUGUGUACAUCGGGAUGGCAAGAUCAUGGAAUGUAUUAUGUUGCCAUGCCUUACACUUCUACGAAAACUUGUAUAUGCUGAUCCAGUUACACGCCUAUCAUUAGCACAGCAGCCUUCUAUCCUGCUAACGUUAUUGAGAGUUUCCUUGAUUUUCCGAGAUGACUGUGCUGUUCUGACUGAAAGUGCAGCAUUGCUUUGCCUUCUGUUGUUUGAUGAAGUAGCAGGAAAAGAAAUCUGGUCCGAUGCUGUAUACAGUAAUUGUUCUAACCUACCUGCUUUCAGCUUGCCUGUAGCUAUUGUCAGACGGUAUCACCUCCCUAUCAGAGUCACUGCUCAUCAUGCAGUUAGUCCUAACUCUGUUGUUUUGCUGUUAUCUUCUGACUGCUUGAUCUUGAAACCUGUGUCUGACAUGCUUAAGAUGGCUUGGAAUCUGUCAUGGUAUCAUGGGAUUGAUAAACUAUUGCAACUGGUGAACUAUGAAACAGAAGCACAAGUAUUUUUAGACACAUUAAAGCUAUCCUCAGAGGACUUCCUUACGUUGAAGAUAACACACACAACCAGUGGACUGCAGGAUUGUCUUAAUGCAGUAAUUCAGGCCGUGUCCCACAGGGAAGUUAGAGCUGCUGUGACUAGGAUGAGUUUUUAUAUUCUAAAUGACAAGCUGGCUUUAAAAUUUAGCACUGGCUCUUGCAGGACCACUUUGAAGGGCAUGGCUUGGCAAACAGCAUUCAACAGAUCUCAAGUCAUGUACUUCAGAUAUGAAGGUGAAAUCUAUAGUUAUACUGUUUGUUUGUACCAAAGGUUUCUGCAAGUACUUCCAGCUUCUGCAGAAGAUGAGAAGCUUCUGGUUGAUGUCUUAAGUUUUCUAAACAAGUUGCUUAGGGAACAGAAGAAGAGUUUGGAGGCAGAACAUGUAAAGUGGAUUCUGGAGAACUCAAGCUCACUGUUAGACCUUCUGGUACGACCUGAAUCCCAGGAGCAGGAUGAAACAAAUGACAUACAGACUGCUGUCAGGCAACAACUGCAGAAAGAACUGAUUGGUCUCUUUAACAUGUUGCUACUCUGCUUCACAUCAGUUACUAACAGAAAAGGCUUGGCACUUACUGAUUGUUUCCGAACACAGCUGGCUCUGAAACUGCUACAGUGUUUACGGGUAACAAAUGCGCCCCACUUUUAUGGAUUGCCUUCUUUGGAGAGAACGUUACGAGGAAUGGUCCAUGUCACUGCACACCCAGGCUGGAGUUCAUACUCAGCGACAGCUGAGCCAUUCACAAUUUGUAUGAAAUAUUUGACAGGUCUUCUUGAGGUCAUCUCAUCUUUUUAUGUUGAAUGGGGAGGAAAUGCUAUGUCCUUCAUGGGCAAAGGUGUCACAAAGAGCACAGUACUUUGCUUGCUUCACUUGUCUCAUGAAAUGAUGGCUCAAGCCAAAAAUAUGGACUGGGUGUCUCUCUGGUUCUUGCCUUACGAUAAAAGUGAAGAACAAGUUCCUUCUCGGCUUGGUCUGGCAUGGCUAGUUCCAUUAUGGGUAGAUAGAGAUCCUGAGGUAAGGUUCACCUCCCUUGGAAUCGGAUCAGCUCUUACAUCUCUUGAAUUAGGAUGCAUUGCUUUAGCGGACAGCUGUCAGAACAUUUCAGGAGGGUUAUGGGGAACAGUGAUAAACAUUCUUCUGGACCAAUUGGAAUGUAGCAUGGUACGCAGAGAGGCUGCUUUUAUUCUUCAGAAUCUUCUUGUAAUCCCAAUGCCAACUGAAGAACUGAAAGAUUGUGCUUGGCAGGGGCCUUGUGUACAUGAUGAAGAUUCUGGUCUGUCUCAUAUAGGAAAACCUGCCCUUCAGGCUCUAUUAUAUCAUUGCCACUUCUAUGAACAUUUGAAUCAGAUGGUGAAUCACUGUUACUUGGGUCGAUACACAUUUGAUUUGAAUUGUUCCACGGGAGACAGCCUCAUGGCAGAAAAAAAUGGGAUAAAUGGUAAGUGACAUUAUUUAUAACUUCAAUGGUAUGUUUUUAAGCCAAAUGCUCUUCUAGCUUGGAAUUCACCUGUUGAUUUUUUUGCAGAACAUCGUAUUUAUUCAUUGCAACUGCCAUUUUAAAUUGAAUUAUACUUAAAGAAUUAAGUUGUGUGUGUUAAAAAGUUAGAAUUGUUGGUCUCUUAAAGAUGUAAGAAUGAAAAUUUCAGUUCAUCUACUCCAGUAUCCUAGAGACAAUUAUAUAUUUUGUAUAUGUUCUU